AUGACCUCAAAUUGUCAGUUACCAAUAGCAAACGGUGUACGUGUUGAUGGAAAGGACAGACUUAAGGUGGCUCCAUACACUUUCAUCAUCGGGGGACUGGUACCUAAUCUUGAGUUUCGCGCGAAAAUAUUACAAAUAUAUGCAAAAAUAAAUACAACUUUUUCAGUCUAAAAUCCGAACCACAAGUCAUGGUUAUUUUAAUGUUUCGAGUCAUUUUUGUUCUCAAAGAACAAACUUCGUCCUGAUUUAACCAUGAAUAUUGAAUAGCUAGUCUUUUUAGAAGACAUUUUAAGGUAAAAAAUGCAAUGUUUAACGUUCAAACUCUUGUGAAAACCGGCGAUCGGCCCGACCGGCGAAACGUUUUUUUACUCCAAUAUUUGGCGAUUUAUAAGUUCAUAUCCAGAGUUUUUUGUACUUACAACUGGUAAAGUGUCACUAACAGCAAAGGAAUUCAGUCAAACAGCAUCAUACGCCGGCUCAAACUGUUUUAAAUUGUCAACAACAACAUGAAAACACACAAAUUACGACUGUAAACGAAUAUAAAACUAUGUAGAGAAGCCAAAAAGUUCAUACAUGUCACACAUAUCUUAUACCAAACGACACAAUUACCUCUUUUCUUGGCGUUAUCCCGAAUUAGCAUGCAAAACUAAAGAUAUUUGCAUUUCUAAGCAAGAAAAUACAACAUAUAUUUGAUAUUUCGACGAGACUAAAAACUUUUUUGUGCGUGUUUUUCUGGAUCGAGAUGCGCCUGCGAAAACAUGUACGCGCAUGUCGAUUCAUUGAUCUUGCAGAGCUCGAAAAACUUUCGGCCGAGCGAGUGAGAUACCACAAUAAAACGGCGUAAUUCAAAAUUUUGCACGGUGACAUGUGAUGAAAUUUUGCACAACGAUAACUUCUUUUAAAACAAAUAGAAUAUCAAAAUUUAAAAAAAAUCUGUAGAUUGGAAAACUUUAAAUCCGCAUUUUUUUAUUCUGGCUAUUCUAAUCUACAGAAUUUUUUUAUUUUCAGGGAUAAGAUUCCUUAUUAUAAGUGAAAGCUAUACAGCAGUUAAAAAUUUGGGGUCACCGGCAAUAUUCGGAAAAUAAAGAAUAAAAACCUGCUUAAAAUAGCAAAAAAUACCAUAUUUGGCGAGGCUACUGUUACUAUGGAAACAGUAUUAUGUUCAAGAAUAUUGCAAAUUUUUUCUACCAAAUACUUAAUUUAUACUUGGGAAUGCUUAAAAUUAAUAGAUGGAGUGAUAAAAUUUAUAAAUUGAAAUUUUUACGCAAUAAGGUAUUUAUACUACUGAACUGUAUGGAGCCACCUUAAACAUGUUGUUGAUCACUUACUUUCUCCAGCACAUGAGGAAGCCGAACGAUUGAAUGAUUGCGACAAAACUUGGUGUGAUAAGUCCGAUAAGCAUCCUUGGGUAAGAGUUUUUAAAAAGUGGAAUGACGAGAAAUUACAGGGCCUGGUUUGUAUUGCAAUCGAUGCCUACAAUGACUCGCAGGUUGAAACCUUAAGUGCUCGAAGCUGGCCCUCAAGAUCCCUUGCAGUAGAGCACAGUAAUCAUGUGUUGCACCACUUUGAGUCACAGGGAUGGGAUGCUGACUUUGUACCUUUUGAUCCACCAGCAUCCUGUUAUCACUAUAGAGAUCCAAUGCUUUAUGCUGAAAUAAGAAACAUCAUUGCAAAACAAGAAAUGAAAAAAGUUGCACAAUUGUUAAAAGACUGCUUGUGUUACUCGGUGCAAAUUGAUGGAAGUGCUGACAAGCUGCAAGUUGAUUCCAAGUUUAUAACUGCUCGGUAUGUGCCAUGUGAUGAAGUCAGUGUUAAAACAGUGUUUCUUGGUAUUGCAAGUAGUGAUUUAGGAGGAGCUGAGGGGCUGUUAGAUUCUUUCACAACAUGUAUUGAAAACAUUGGCAUAAACACUGAUAAAUUGGUUGGUGUUACCACUGAUGGAGAAAAUGCAAAUACUGAAAAAAAUGCUGGUUUAUGGAAGCUUCUGCAAGACUAUAUCGGAAGAGAUAUUCUGACAAUAUGGUGUGUCUGCCAUCGAUCUGAUUUGGCACUUGAAUCGGUUCAGGCUGAGGUUCCUGAGCUCACGAUAUGGAUGUCCAAUGUUCUUGCUGUUGCAACAUUCUUUCGAACAUCUCCUCGCAGGACAAAACUACUUCAUAAGGUUUGCUUUAUGUUAUUUUUUUGUGCAUUUAAUUAAUAUACACUAUUUUCCAAAUCUUCGUUUUACUGCAUGGUUGAUUUUGUACGUUGAUUAUUGAUACUGUUUUCUAUCAUAGUAUUUAAAUCUGCUCUUUGUUCCAUUCAAUUUUCUGAAUAGGUUGUCCCUCACAGCAUGGCAACUGAACGAGUUGUUUCUCAUUAUAACAAUGUGAAGACAUGGGGCAGGUCUUCGCUUAAUCCUGAGACAAUAAAUGGUAUAUUGCAUAUUUCUCUGAAUGGAAAGGGUGCAUCCUUUUUUGACCCAAGACCAGUGGUAUCAGAGUUCUUAACUUCGAAAGAAAGAAGAAACCGAGAGCCGUGUGAAGAACUGUACAAACAAAGGGAAUUUGUGAAACAUUUCUUCAAGCAAGAAUCCGGAUGUCUGUGA